GUUAUCUAUGGAGUGGCAAGUUCCGUAGCUAAAAACUGUUUUUGUCACCGUGUGGCACUGCGAUCCGUGCUACAUAACCUUUGCAACCGCUAAACACUUGACUGUCGGCUGACGCCGUAAUUUUGGACUGUGUUAAGUUAAGCUGCAAUGAACUUUCAUGAAAACAGUUUACUUUUUGCUUGUUUAGAGACAAAAGAUGAUAGUCAAUUUGUAGUUUUCAAAAGAUUUCCAGUGCAACAGAAACUCCUUAAUGUCAGUGUGAAAUUAAAUAAGACGAACUUGUUUUAAGAAAUGUGGUUUCUGUAUGUACUUAGUUGGAUAGCAUUAAUAGUGCAAAUAUGUUUCAUUACAGUAGCAGUAGCUGCUGGUUUGUAUUACCUAGCAGAGUUAGUAGAAGAAUACACUGUAAUGACCAAGAGAAUUAUAUGGUGGAUGACUGUGAUAACCCUGUCAUUUUACAUAGGGUUUCUCUUGUUUGAAGACUUUCCUACUUCAAUAAUCAUAUGUGGCAUAAUUAGUCAAGUGGCACAUUUAUUUAUCCUGAAGACUUUUCCAUUUGUUGUGAUUGCUUCUCCUGCAUUCAUUGUAGCAGUCAUAAUGCUAAUUGUAAAUCAUUAUUUGGCAUUUCAGUACUUUGCAGUUGUGUAUUAUUCUUUUCCAGAGGUAAUUUCAUACUUCACUCUCUGCCUUUGGCUUGUACCAUUCGCUCUGUUUGUAUCUCUCUCAGCUAAUGAGAACAUUCUGCCAACAGUCGCAGAAACAAAGCCAUUAUUAGAUGACAAUGAUGUUGUCAGCAAUUAUUUUUCCAGGAAAGGAAAAAAAUAUGGGUUGCUGUCAUUGUUCAACUUUGCUAAAGAUUCUAUUCUUCCACAACGAAAUAAAAAAGCUUUCUGAAUUACAGGCAUGAAUAUCAAUAAACCUACAAAAAAAUAACUAUGAAAUGACUGAACAAACAAUUUCAGUCAUUCAUCCAUCGUAAUUGUGACAUCACUGUGUAAGCUAGGUGAAUGAACUUAACAUCACAACUACUGACAUUUAAUUUUAAGAUGAGCACACACUUUUACUCCAGUCAGUUAGUUGCUAAGAAAUUUAGAUGCAACAUUUUAAAGUGUGUCCAUUGUGAUAUGAAAAUCUUUGUAAAUAUAUUUGCAUUACAUUUUUCUACAGGUUUAUCAACAAUAGUGUGGUAGGAAUAUAGCUUAUUGAGUACAGUGCACCAUUUUUUGGAAAUAUUCUUGUUAACCAAAGACAUUGUAGUACAGUACAAUUGAAGAAACAUAUUUAGGGAUUAGUAAAGCUCAUGAAUGGAUAAAUUACAUAUAUAUAAUUAUAACUGUAUGUAUUGCUGCUUCUAAUAAAAUAAUGUGUAUCUGUGAAGGCAUUUGGAAGAGCUGGAAAUAAAUUUGUAUAUAUUUUUUUAUUAAUUUAUUUCAACUUUAAUUUGUAUGGGUUCAAACAUGUUAUAUUUAAAUGUAAUGCUUUUCAAAGAUCAAAAGGGUUACUUUUUCUUUUCUGAUCCCAGGUAGACAGUUAAAUGUUAAAGAUAUCAAAUACAGUUGACAUGUAAAGCUUCAGUAUGUACCAGAGAGGUGCUCCUGAAUGCAUGACAUUAUGCAAACAAAAAUUGCUUUAAUUUUGAAUGAAUUUGUACACAGUUUAUUAAAUAAAUAAUAACAAAUAUGUAAUGACCAAGAUUAGUGUUACAGACUGACUAAUCUUCCUCUCUUUAUUCAUAUGAAAGGAAACAGAAUUAUGAAAUAUAUAUAAUUUGUAUCAAAUCUAGCUAGCAACUGAAUAAUGUUUUACCAGUUGGCUUACUCUAAUUUAUGUAAGAUGGUAGUGUAGUGUAUUGUAUCUGGUUUUUAUUUCAAUCUGUCACAAGAUGUAUCAAUAGUAAAUCAUCUGUUGUUGUGUUCUAAGAAAUGCUUUGGCCACAUUAAUUUGGGGGUGGGGAUUUGAUGUGCAUAGUUUAAAAAAAGUAAAUAGUUCCAAAGUAAGAAAUAUAUUUUAUAAUGUGAAAAAGUGUCAUGAUUAAGUUGGAUAUCUUUGGUGUUUUUUGUAUUCAGAAAACUGGUGGCUGCCUGUAUUAAAUUGCUUAUCUAAAGACAGAAGAUAAAAUAUCCAUACCGAAAUCCAUUUUGAAUGGAAAAUACUUGCACAUCUGUAACCUUAAAGCCAUGAAUGUUUCAAAUUGUCCAGAAUGUAUACUUGUCUCUUAGAGAAUAUGUAUUGUAUUUCCUGUGCAUAGGUAACAUUCAGAAACAUCCACCACAUAUAUUAUGCCAUAACUGAUGAUGUUCCCAUGUAAAUUACUGGCUACAGAACUGUAAUUUAUAAUCAAAAGUGGUAGUUCUUUGUUUAUGCACACUUGUAUUACAAAAUGAGAGGUUUAACCUGUGAUGUACAACUUUGAUUUUUACUGAUUGUGUUAUAAUUCUGUACUUGCUGGUGUAUAAGAUGCAGUUAUUCCAGAGAUAAAUGUUUUGAUAAACACUAUUUUUAAUGAAUAUGCAGUAGUAUAUUUGGUACUGACUCAUAUUACUAUAAUGGAAACAAAUAUCAGCAAAGCAUAAGGAAUAUUUUUCUGAAUAUCAGUACAUUACAAAUGCCUAAUAAAUAUUAACAUAAUUAUUAAUAAUACUCUAGUUCAUGUGAAUACCAUGAUUUCUCAACUUAAUGAAAUGCAAAAAUAAAAUUUGGCUUUCAGGCUCACAUUUUGGGUGUUCGAUAUAUUUAAAUUACAAGCUAUAGGUGUUAGGGCAUGGUGCUUUUAUGGGGUAUUUAUUUAAGGAAAACAAUGACUUAUACACCAGCAAAUACAUUAUGGAUUAAAAAUAAUUGUCAGUGCAGUAGAAUCUUCCAAAAAUUGUAAAUAACAGUUCUAGUAAAUUUGAAUAAUAAAAUUAAUGACUAGAAAAAAAUUCUAGCCAUAAUUUUGAACCCUAUAUGAUGGUUAUUUAUUUGUUUAUAAUUCUGUCACCUCUGCUUCUUCACAUUAGAUACGUUAGGAUUACUGUAAUGCUAAUUAAGAGGAAUGUGUUAGGAAGUGGUAAUACAUAUUUAUGGCUAUUAACGACUUGUGGCUAAUGAUUUGAAAAUGCAUACUUAUUUAUAAGGGAUCUUGGCAAACAGGUUGGUGUUAAUAAAUACCACCAUAAAUGGGACAGUAACACCCAUUUCCCUUUGGGAGUAAAAGAAUUAUAAUAAAUAUUACACUACUAAGUGA